AAUAUUUGUGAAUGUUUGAUGUUUUCAGAAGGCAUCAGCUAUUUGGUUGGGGAAAAAGAAGGUGAGAUCUAGAAAGAACUGUUCAGACUACAGAAACCCUGUCUGUGGUACCGGACGUGUUUGGACCACCUCAUUCCUCUGGCUGUUUCUUCCCAGAACAGGGCUGAUCCACUGAUCCACUAUGACCCAGACCAUGCUUCUCCUUUGCUGUGUCCUGCUGUCUCCAGUGGCUGCUUUUCCAAGAAAUGUCCAGAAUGAGGACCUGACCCUCCAGCCAUCUUUCACAGAGACUGGGCACCCAACACAGGCGCUCUCCAGCCAGCUUCCUCUCCCAGAUCCCAGCACCUGCCAGAAUCUCUUACACACAGUCCCCUCCUUAGCCCCUCUGCCUGAGUACCUGUCCAGCUUAGCUCUGAGGAUGACCCUGGAGGAGGUUGGCUGCCCAUCUGAGGCCCACUAUCUACAGCUACAGCUUGUUAGGAUGGGAGGAGAGGACCUCACAGAAACCCUCGUCCAUGAGAGUCAAAAGUACACUCAGAAGGAAAGAACUGGCAAUAAUGAGGCCAUUCUGAGGGAUUUGGGAGGAGUGUCAGGGGAGCUGAGGAGGGUCCAACGCUCAGUUACCAUCCCUGAGGUAUGUACCUCUGACCAUGGGUGGGUACUGUAUGAGACAGCAGCACUGAUGAUUGAAUUUGCUGAAAAACUUCCUUCCACUGAUCUGGUAAGAGAGUUCAAGACUUCUGCCAUUAAUGUUACCCAGAAGUGCACGGAUGAAUCUUGGGAGCAUUUGGAAGAAGUAAGCAAAAGGCUGAUAAAAAGCCCAGACAUUGAGGAUGUCACACUUCCUAUAGAAGAUCAGGUGUACUUUAUCGUUCAAACAACAACCCUUCUGAAACGUGUUGUUCUGGACCUGCUCCAGAAAUAUUUUCAGGCUUAUUUUGGGUAGAGUAAGCCUCCAAAUCAUCACAUUUACUUUUCAAAUGUCUCUAAUAGAGCUGCAUAAAGGGACUGGGCACAGUAGGUAGGUAGAAAUGUUGGGGACAGCUUAGGACAAAUGUAUGCUCUCCUUUGAUCCAAGUGCUGAACGACUUGUGACUAUAAGCAGCUUUACUUCUCAGUAGGUACUAGCUCCUGUUUUUUCUCCCCAUUUAUCUUUCUUUCAGUUGUCAAAUAAUGUGGGCAUUAUAAUUUCUUCCAUUAAUCUACCUUGUACUUUCUGAUUCCCUAAUUGAAUGCCAUGGGUUGCUUAUGUUAAUUUUUUAAACUGAAAAUAGAAGUAAAACGCUACUGCUAUAUCAGAA